AUGGGUCAGGCAGAUGAGGUUGAUUGGCAAGCGUCAACUUGCGUCAACGAUUUUUUUUUGCGCGCCCCGCACUCCAGCGUGCCUUGCACCUCACCUUGCGGAGCUUGCAGCGGCCAGAGCGGUCCAUCCACGGACCAACAACAAGCACCAAACGAUAGGGAAAACGUCGAUUUGGAUCUGAAACUCACGACCUACACGGCAGGUGGAAAGGUGGCAGGUGGCAUCAAGGAUGCCAAUGUCCCGCAGAAAGGCGAAAAUACACCAACUCAAAAGAGAGUGAAACAGAAUGGUGGGAGUGUCCCAUCUCUCGGGCCUUGCCCUGCCUUGGCUGCGCCGGGUGAGACAGGAGCCGUCUUGGUCCUGCUGUGGACAUUGAAGCGAAGCUGUCAAUUCCCCGGGAUACGGUCUCCCCAAUCGCCUCCAAUAUUCUAG